UGCAUCACGGCGGUCCCAGAGUGCCUUGCGGCACACACAUUGAACCGGCGAGCAGAGCAGAGCAGCGCAGCACCGGCGCAACGUGAGGGUCUUCUCUUCCAGCGGUUGCGUACGACGAGGCAGAGGCAACAAUGGAGGUGAAGGAUGCGAACGCGGCGCUGCUCAGUAACUAUGAGGUGUUCCAGUUACUAACAGAUCUCAAGGAGCAGCGGAAGGAGAGCGGGAAGAACAAACACAGCGCCGGGCAGCAGAACCUGAACGCCAUCACCUAUGAGACAUUAAAAUACAUAUCAAAAACACCGUGUAGGAACCAGAGUCCGGCGAUUGUCCAAGAAUUCCUCACGGCAAUGAAAAGUCACAAGCUGACCAAAGCCGAGAAGCUUCAGCUGCUGAAUCACAGGCCAAUGACCGCUGUUGAGAUCCAGCUGAUGGUGGAGGAGAGUGAGGAGCGGCUCACGGAGGAGCAGAUAGAAGCCCUGCUGCACACUGUCACUAGCAUUCUGCCUGCGGGUCCAGAGGACGAACAGAGCAAGAGCACUAGCAAUGACGUGGCCAUGGAAGAGGAGGAGCCGGCAUAGACGUGCACAGCUGACCAGGUUGUUUGAAGCUCAGAGCUGCAGCCCCCGUUUCCUGGAUGUUCAGAGAACUGUUUAUUUGGCCUGACCCCCUCUCUCAAUAUGCCUGAUCUCAGGAUUGGUUGGGGAAAAAAAUCACAAAAAUAAGAUGAAAAGAAAUCUUUGUGCCUUGGGGUCAAGAACCAUGGGGUCAGAGAAGGGCAGGGGCUCAAGUUGUGGCAGCCUGGCUGAGCCCUCUGGGGCAGAAAGGCUUGUGUGGCCUCGAGCACACUGGUACACAAUGGGGAGCUAUUUGGCGCUUUGGUGACUGCAUUGUAGGCAGUGUCAGGCACUGCUGGGUAGAAUGGAGUGGGCGCCUCAGCCGGUCUCGAGCUCCCAGAGCUGCACACAGCUGCUCCAGGGGAAAUGACCCAGAGCUUAGCUCACUGUAGACCGAUGUCCUCUGUACAACUGGAGGCGAGAAAAGGAGAUAAAACUCCAGUCUGAGCCAGCCUGGUGUACAUGGUAAAGAACACACAUGUGAACACAUCUAACACACAUGCAUGUAUGGCACACACAUACAAAGAAGUUAGUCCAUUUUCUGUGGCAAACCCCACAACUCUACAGCCUGGGUGAAUGACUAGGAAAAGAGGCUUAUUUUGACUCCUGGUUCUGGUCCAAGGUCAGAGGGCAUCUGGGUACCAGAGUGUUCAGGUAGCAUAGGCUAGCACAUCACAAAACAUGAGAAGCUUUUAUUUAUUUUCAGAGUCUCUUGCAGUCCAUUCUGUCUGUCGCAAUCAGACAUUUUAUGAUUCUUCUGCCUCAGUCUCCUUAAUGCUGGGAUUCAAAGUGUAUUUCACUCACUUAGGAGGCGGGGUGGGGUGGGAGGAGCCAACCUGGUCCACACAGCUAGUUCCACACCAGUCAGCGCCACACAGUGAGACCCUGUGUCAUAAAAACAAAAAUAAAAACAAAAAACAAGAAAA